GCGGCAGCGCGUUGUGCGGCGCAAGAACACCAAGACAACAGAUGCGCGUCGGAGAAUAGCCCAGGAAGCGGCCGGAGCUUCACGACUGACACCACCUCAGCCGCAACCACUGAUAGGCCUGACGCUACCCGAUGGCAUACCAAGUCCGGACACACCGCUCUUCAAGCAUGGCAGCACGACUCGCGCUGAACUUUUAGCAAUGCAAACGCCACCAAACUCAAUAUACGUCGUUGACAAUAAUUAUGCAGCAACAUCUGCAGCGGCAGCAGAGAUUACUGAAGCUGAGUUACAGCAGCGCAGCUCAACGCCGACGCUGGAAGAGACGUAUUCGAUCAAGCGUUGUCUGAGCUUUUCAUCGGCUAGCGACGAGGAAGACGACGCGGACUUUAGCAGCGCCGCAAAACGCAGCUCGGUGGCAUCGUCCAAUACGAGCUCCAUGAUGGGCGACCACUUCGGUUCCGGACGCGCAUCGCGGAAUUCGCAGGGCUCAUGGAAAGGCCCGAGCAGCAACGCCGUGCGUGGAAAUGUGGAGGUGUCUAUACACGUAGAGCGGCAGCAAUUAAAUGUACAUGUUAUACGUUGUCGCGAUCUACAGCGUCCAAAUGGUUCUACUGCGCUGAAUGCAUACGUUAAGGUAGCGCUGAUACGCAACAAACCAGCCAAUAAGCCAGCGGAGAAUUACUUCCAGCGUACGGCUGUGCAUCGGCAUUCAAGCCGUCCGUACUUCGAUCACCGCUUCAGAUUUGAUUUGAGCGCACAGGCGCAGGCGCAGGCGCAAACGGAAACGGAUACUGCUGCCGCGGGCGAACGUCUGCAAUUGGCUGUAUGGCACAGAGACCGCNGUUAA